GUUAUUUUUAUCCAGGCCAAGUUGUAAGUGGAUGGAAAGUGUUUCAGAACAUGCUGCCUAACUGUUUAAAUGCGAUGCAUCGGUAGUUCACAGCUGAUAUGUAAAUGCGCAUUUAAAACUGAAGAGAACUCAGACACUAAUGGAGGGAUGUCCGAGGACGGAGUGCCAACAUCAAGGACAAAGGAUGAUGUGGGACAGCUGUUGUGUGAGGCCAUCGAGGCGGGGAGAGUUGAGGAAGUGGAGGAACUGCUGAAUCAGGGGGCGGAUGUCAACAAGACAUACAAUGAGCUCACACCUUUAGCGCGCUCCUGUGCCCUCACACCUGUUGGUAACCUCAAGGUGGUGAAGAAACUGCUGGAUUUUGGGGCAGAUGUUCACAUACCUGAUCCCGACGGGAAAACAGCCGUUCAUCAUCUGUGUGGAAGCGGGAACCGCAACAAUGACUUGGUGGACAUUUUAGAACUUCUCCUACAGAAAGGUGCCGAUGUUGAUGCGAAGGACCACAUUGGCAGAACUGGCUUGUUUUAUGCAUGCGAAGUGGACGACGUGAAAGCUGUCCAGCAUCUCAUCCAGUCAGGAUGUGACGUAAAUGUACAGACAGUGUGCGGUGAGUCAGCCAUGAAAGUGGCCUGCCGUAAUGCCGAGUUCUGGUUUUACUGGCAUGGACGAGACUUAGAGACCAGUCGACAUCCUGACCCUAAAUUCUUCCCCCCAGUACAGAUCACCAAACUUUUGCUCCAGGGUGGUGUUGAUCCCAAGGAAGCGACUUUCUUGCCAACAGCUGUACAGUUUGGCUAUAGCAGCCUGGUGUUAGAACUGCUGGCCUUAGGCAUGGAUGUGAAUCUGUUAGAUGAUAGCAAGCGGACUCCACUGGGAUGUGCAUGCUCUUCAAACGUUGCCAAUUAUUCUGUGGUGAAAAUGUUACUGAACCAUGGUGCAGACGUCAACAAGGCAGGAGGAUGGAAAAAACAGAAACCCAUCAUCCUGGCAUACGUGCACAACUCCGUGGAGAAAAUACGCCUGCUGCUUUCUUAUGGGGCUUUUGUCACAUCUGAGGAAUUUACCGAACUUGUUAGUCUGAGUUUGUCAAAAAGUAUUCUGGAGAACCCCGAGGUGAUAGGACCGUGGAGUAGAGAGCUGAUGGCAUGGCGGUUGCUCAUAGCGGCAGGUUUCCAUCCUCUGACCGACCACGGACUGUUAGCCUACAAAAUCCAACAGUUAAGCAUAUGCAGUAGUUACAAACACAUAUCUCCGUGGAUUGACACGCUUUUAUUUCCACUGAGAACAUUGAAAGAUUGUUGUCGCAUAGCUGUGCGAAGACAACUUAAUCCCAGCAUUGAUGAUAAGAUUCCGCAGCUUCCUUUGCCAAAUGCCCUGAAGGAUUUUCUUAUUUUUAAGGAAUUUUCAGUUGACACCAAAUGAUAUAC